GGUUGAGUUGUGCAGUUGUGUGUACAGCAGACUAAAUGCUGAGGUACCAUAGUUCCCCGGCUCUUGACGGUCGGGUCCGUGACGGUCUUUAUCUUUGCCCAUUACUUACUUGUGAUCGUUUAAAAGGAGCAGCUUCUUCCCCAGGGGGAUCUCUUAGUAUCAGCAAUUGUACUCCCUUCCUUCCUUCCGUCCCCUUUGCUUCUUACCUUCCACAUAUGCUCGUCUCUUGCCUCUCUCGCUCUUGCACUUGCUCACGCACCUGCAUCUGCACCUGACUAGGCACUCUCAUCUUUCUUCGCUCUCUGCAACCUCACCCGAUUCGAAGUGAGAAACGAGGGGGGGAACAAACAUCUUGAGCCCCAGUCUCUGAUUUCACUUCAAUAAAACUAUCUAACGCCACGUGCGACACAUCUCGGAAACGCAACACCGGUUACUCGCAGUAACGCCAGUCGGCUCCGUUUUCGUUCCUCCGGCCCUACUUGCCUUUAUCGGCUUCCUCGUCUCACACUAUCGCUCUCCUCCGAGACACCCACCCGCUCAACAACGGUUUUUGGUGCCGACUGUGUCUCAGAAGCCUCGCUCACCAUUAUUCAACCGUCCCUCUCAAGAGACUAAGCGCCAAGUCCGGGUCACUACUUAUUAUCCCAUUAGACAUCCGUGUUCCUCUACGUUGGUUCUCUCGCGACGCACAUCCAUACGACUGCCUGCCGAACGAGCCAGGAAAUCGCACGUAGCCCAACAUGUCAACCUCUGAGAAAGAUGUCAAGGCGGAAGCCGCUGCCGAUCCCUCCAUCGAGGUUGAAUACGCGAGUGACCCCGACAGAAGCGGGUUUGACCAAGCAGCCACCAAGAGACUGAUCCGCAAGAUCGACUGGACCCUGAUUCCUUUUCUUGCUCUUCUGUACCUGCUAUCCUUCUUGGACCGCACCAACAUUGGCAACGCUCGUCUCGCUGGUCUUGAGGCUGAUCUUGGCAUGAAGGGUCUUGACUACAACGUUGCUCUGUCCGUCUUCUUCCCCUGGUAUGUCGCCGCCGAGAUCCCCUCCAACUUGGCCAUGAAGCGCUUCCGCCCUUCCAUCUGGAUUCCUUCCAUCAUGAUCGCCUGGGGCAUCUGCUGCACCCUCAUGGGUCUCGUUCACAACUACCCGGGACUGCUGGCCUCUCGCAUGGCUCUCGGUCUUGCCGAGGGUGGUUUGUUCCCCGGUAUCACGUACUACAUCACCAUGUGGUACCGACGUCACGAGUGUGGUCUCCGAAUGGCCAUCUUCUUCUCCGCUGCCACCGCCGCCGGUGCUUUCGGAGGCCUCCUUGCUCGAGGCAUUGUUGAGAUGGACGGAGUUGGCGGAAGACCUGGCUGGGCCUGGAUCUUCAUUCUCGAAGGAAUCCUUACUCUGGCUGUCGCCAUUGCCGCCUUCUUCGUCAUGAACGACUACCCUGCUACUGCCAAGUUUCUUACCGUUGCCGAGAAGGAGGAGGUCACCCGACGCCUCGAGCAGGACCGCUCUGCCCUUGCCGACGAAUUCAGCAUGGUCUACUUCAAGGACGCCAUGAAAGACUGGAAGAUCUGGGUCCACAUGUUCAUCACUAUCGGAAUCUACACCCCGCUGUAUUCGUACUCGCUCUUCCUUCCCACCAUCGUGAGCGGACUGGGAUACACCAACGAAACGGCUCAGCUAAUGACUGUACCCCCCUACUUUGUGGCUUGCUUUUUCUGUAUUGGCGGUGGCUGGUUGGCUGAUCGCCACCGUCAGCGUGGUAUCUACAUGAUCUUCUUCUGUCUGGUUGGAAUUGCCGGCUUCAUCAUGCUUCUCUCUUCCCAUAGCAACGGCGUCAAGUAUGCCGGUUGCUUCUUUGCCGCUUCUGGCAUCUACCCCAACGUCCCUCAGGGAGUCGCGUGGAAUGGCAACAACAUUGGAGGCUCCGUCAAGCGAGGUGUUGGUAUUGCUAUGCACGUCGGUUUCGGCAACCUCGGUGGUGCCAUCGCCGGUUUCCUGUACCAGGCCAAGGACAAGCCUCGCUACUACCCCGGUCAUGGUACGCUACUGUCGACAUUGACGAUGUCCAUGUGCCUUUCAACCUUCAUGACCAUAUAUCUUCGCCGUGAGAACGCCCGACGAGACCGCGAGUACAAGGACCCUGCCCUGUACACAGCCGAGGAGAAGGCCGCCGAGCGUCACAGGGGUGACAACGCAACCUUCUUCCGAUACACUGUUUGAUUGCUUUAGGGUGCCAGGUUUGCGUCUACAUGAGUUUUUUGACUUGACUUGACUGGGUUCUCGUUCAUGCGAAAUAUACAGUUUUGAAAGGGUUAUUUGGCGCAGAGAUAGAACUGCACACCAUAAUAGAGAUGCUCCAUGCCAAAUGCUAUCGUGGGGAGUAUGUGCUUUUUUCCUUUCCGCACGUGACCAUGGGAGAUUUAACAUGUAUUUUCGGUCUGAGCAGAUGGUGUUGGAAGCUACUUCGACAAUUAUUAUCCUCAAGUCACUUCAACACUUCGUCGCAUGCGUCU